CCGAGCUCGCGCCAUGUCCGCCUGCGCGCCGCGCGCGUGUUGCCGGCCGCGCGCCCCGCCGACGCUGCUCGACAUCACCGCGAAGAUAGUGGCCGCCGCCAUACCUUUUCAACGCAUUGAGGAGCGCUACGAGCGCAUCCCUGAACCAGUUCAGCGCCGCGUGGUGUACUGGUCCUUCCCGCGGGAUGAGCGCGACAUCUGCAUGUACUCGUCCCUGGCGCGGGCGCCGCCCGACGACCACCGCAACAUCGCCUUCUGUCGUGGCCUCAAACUGCUUGAGGCCGGCUGCGUGGAGAACGUGCUACAAGUCGGGUUCCACCUCAGCGGCGUGGUGCGGGCGCCGGCCGCCGUACCGCCGUGCUCGGAGCCCGAGAGACUAUACAGGGUCACUGUUUCUUUUGACAGGUGUAAGAUAACGGGCGUGACCUGCAGCUGUGAGGCGCGCGACAUCUUCUGGUGCCAGCAUGUGGUGGCGCUGGCGCUGUACAGGAUCCGGAACGCUGACUCCGUGCGGUUGCGAGUGCCUAUAUCAGAAACCCUACUCCAGAUGGACAGACAGCAGCUGCAGAAGUUCGUGCAGUACCUGAUAGCUGAGCACCACACGGAGGUCCUGCCUACCGCGCAACGGCUAGCGGACGAGGUGCUGCAGGCGCGGUCGGCGAUCAACCGCAUCUGCGGCGCGCCGGACCCUACGGCGGGGCCGCCGCCCGACGCGCACCACGCCUGGCACUUGGAUGAGCAGCAGGUCUGCGAACAAGUCCGGGCCUAUUUAUUGCAAGGGACUUAUUACAAUGCAAACAAGCAACUUAACUCAUUAUUUUCUAAGGUUAGAGAAAUGCUGAGAGCUCAAGACUCGAACGGGCCGAGGAUGCUCAUGUUAAUGACGGAACAGUUCUUAUCAGACCCUCGGCUUUUACUCUGGAGGAACCAGAACACACCAAUGACAGAAAAAUGUAGACAACUAUGGGAGCAACUGGGGGCUCUAUGGGUCAGCAUAGUACUAGAUCCAGGGAGCAAUAAACAUCACAGGAUACAGUGGAGGCAUUUGUUGGAGAAGUGGUCUGCUGUGGAAGUCUGCCCCACUGAAGACCCCGACUACAGAUCGUUUCCCCUGUACGCAAGAGAAAGAGAGAGAAACGAGAGGGAUCGAGACAGAGACCACAGAGACAGGGACCGAGAGAGACACAGAGACAGGGAAGACAGGGACAGAGAACGGCUGCGGGAACGAGAGGAGAGAGACAGGGAAAGACACAGAGAGAGGCAGAGGAGAGAAAUGCAUUCCCAUUCCGAAAGCUCAGAUGAGGAUUCUAGACCUAAUAAUUAUGAACGCGAGUACAGGAGAGCCAGCAAAAGACUAAGACUGCACAACCAGCGGCCGGCGCCGCAACUGACGCCGCGAACUGUCUUCCAUAAAGCCCUAGACGCAGUGGACAUAUCCUGGGAGAACGAACACCUGAAGUUCAUCCUGGGCAGCGAUGAGUAUACGGACCCUGAUAAACCAGAGAAGCCCGGGGGUUCCGCCCCCGCGCCUCCGCAGCCCUACCCGCGGUUCAACGAGCUAGGCCAGCCGUUGUGGCAUGAACAUUUGCCGGUGGUGGGCGCGCGCAUAGAGGCGUUGCGUGCGCACGGUCGCGCGCCAGCCGCGCUGCGCCUCGCCGUCAGCGCCGCGCGGGCCAUGCGCCACCGACAGGAGGUGGCCCGCCACAGAUGGCAGGAGGUAGGAGCGGGCGAAGCGUCAUCUAGCGGCAACAACACAUCCCCUUGCUCCGGCCCUGAAACCUGCUCGGGCAUGUGCGGAGACAGGGUCAAACUAUCUCUAGUCUGUGCGCAUAUGGACGCGGGGACCUGCCUACCCAGCGGUGCCACAUGUGCGCUGUCUCACUCGCAACGGUGUAUCGGGCGAGACAGCAGAUGUUGGACCGGCUGGACGUUGGAAGCGAUCUGGUGCGUGUAUGAGUGUCUGGCCGACGCGUGUCUCGCACCCGACGACCAGCGGGCCUCGCCGCGGCUACAUACUUACCUCGACGAGGAACCGAACACUGGACUACCGCCACGGUAUCAACACGUACCGGUGGCCGGUAGUAAAAACCCUGAGGAAACCUAUCUCGCUCUAGCACUAGAGGCUGCUCUACUCGGGCUUGGCGUGCAGAGGAUGCUACCUAACGGAUUGUAUGCGCAGGAGCGGUACUGUAAACAGGAGGAGCGACUGAUAGGGCAGCUGCAGCGCGUGGAGGGCGAGGCGGCAUGGGGCGUAUGUGCCCGCGUGGCGGGCGCGCUGCUGGCGGGCGGGCCGUCCUCCUGCCUGGGCGCACGCGUGCACCCGCGCUCGGCGCCCGCGCACACCUUCGCCAGAUAUCUGUUCCUGACGCUGCUGCCUUCCGAUCCUGAGCUGGCGUACCGUGUUGGCUUGAGGGCUAUGAGACUGCCGAUGGUAGAGGAGGCGUAUGCCCUGGGCGAGGCCGCGGGCGGUGCGGGGGGCGGGGGCGGCGCCUGGCACACGCUGCAGCAUGCGGAGCAGCAGCAGGCCGCACUCGCUAGCGCUCUGCUGGGCGCGGCCCGCGGCAGCGGCGGGCGGCUGCGCGCGGCGCUGGGCGCGGCGCAGCGGCACGUGCGCAGCGCGGCGCAGCUGUUCCGGCUGGCGCAGGACGCGCUGCGCCACGCCGCGCCGCCCGACGCGCCGCACCACCACCGCGACCUGCUGGCCGCCGCCUUCGAGCUGGGGCUGCAGGUGCUACGGAUGACGCUGUCCUCGGUGAACUGGCGGCGGCGAGAGAUGGUGCGCUGGCUGGUCACCUGCGCCACGGAACUGGGUCUUGACGCACUGCUCUCUAUUAUGCAAAACUGGUACGAGUUGUUCACGCCGACGGAAGCGACGGGCCCGGUAGCAGCGGCGGCCAUGUCGCACGCGACGGCGCUACGCCUCGGCCUCACCUUCGAGCAGCAGGAGAAGCUCAGCGCCUGCGCACGCACGCUCGCGCUGCAGUGCGCUGCUAAGGACCCGCCGGGCUGCGCGCUGUCGGCGCUGUCGGUGUGCGAGGGCUCGGCGGGCGCGUUCGAGGCGGCGUGCGCGGCCGUGGGCGGCGCGGCGGCGCGCGGCGCGCUGGCCAGCUCGCAGCUGUUCGCCGUGGCGCGCUACAUGGAGCAGCGCGGCCAGCCCGCACGGGCCAUGCGCCUCGCCACGCUCGCCAUGCGCAACCUGCAUCUGCACUACAACCAGGAUAGUCACCCAGCGAUAGCGGAUAUCCACUGGGCGGUUGCGCUGGCGCAUUCGCUGGGCAGGGCGGAAUUGCAAGCGAUGUUGCCGUUAUUAGUGAAAAAUGUUCAAUGUGCGCCCGUACUGUCGGACGUGCUGCGCCGCUGCUGCGUGGCGGCGGCGGGGUGUUCCCGCGCUAGGCCACCGCCCCCGCGCCCGCCCACACCGCUACGGCCGUUGCUGGAAGCGGCGUUACGGGCCUACGCCUCCACCACGCAUGCGCGCCUGGCACACAUCUCGCCGCGGCACUACGCGGACUUCGUCGACUUCCUCGCCAAAGCUCGCGACACUUUUGCGCUGGCGCACGACGGACCACACCAGUUCGCGGCGCUCUUACAAGAGAUCAAACUCAAGUACAAAGGAAAGAAGAAACUAAUGUUUCUCGUCAAGGAACGCUUCGGUUGAAAGCCUGUCUGUAGAAAACUAUACAAUGACACUAGCGCCACUCAUGCCACUGUGGUCGAACUUGGAACUAAUUUUGACAAGCCGCCAUAUUUUGUUUGUAUCAUAACGGCACGGCGCCGCCAGCUUCUGUAGCAGGUACCUACUAAAAUCCUAAACAAAUAUGUUGCCAUAUCAUAUUUGUUAAUAAUAAUAAAGCAACAACCAUAACAGCCCAAAAAAGCUAAUGAUAUAACCUGAAAUUUCUAGUUCUGUACAGGUUUUCUUUUAUUAUAACCAAGGAACCUUACAGCUGUCUUCCACAAUAUGAAACUGACAAUCAUUAGAAAUCCAAAUUCAUCUUUAACACAAAAAGUAUGUGAUGAUUCAGAAGACUAUUGGGCCGAGAUUUUGACAAUUGAUAAUACCCACAGAUCAUAAAAUAAUGCAAUGGACUAGUGGCGCCACAAUUACAUACAAAUAUGUAUGCCGGAAACCAAUAAGUUUCAUGGCUGCACAGCUUUGUCUUUCCGAGGUCUUUCCUCAUCGGGAUAAAAAAGUUUUAAAAAAUACGUUUCAUCCACUUCAUUUAAUUUGUAUGCUACUAUCGGAGACUGUUGAGGAAAUAAUUCGACAAAGUAAAGACUAGUUUUAGUGUUCUUUUUUAAAAUUCAAGUGCAAUUAAUUUUUAUUUGUUGAUUUGUAAUUGUAAAAAUGACAUCGUUAGAUAUUUUUUUUUUUGCAAUAGGGUGACCAUGCUACAGUAGAAACAGUUAAUAUUACCAUUACCUCAUGCGUGGUUACUGCCGGAGUAACCAUCGGGUACCAAACCAGUCUAUGCUAAAGUAUUAUUUUAUUUAAUGUUUAGCCCAUAACUGCCUCGUAAAUAUCAUUUUUACAUUGUAAGUAAAUGUAAUGAUCUCAAUGAUUCCAUUUGUGUAAAUAAGCUGUGUAAAUAUAGUAAGUAGUUAAGAUUUAGAAUAUAGUUAUCUUGAAACCCGCCGUUAAUUGUGAGGAGGACGCGUGUAAAAAGCACAUAGCUCUGGCAUAACAGUAUUUUUCAAUAUAUCAAAGAAGCGGCUUUUCACAAUUAGCAGGGGCGUUUAGUGAAUAAAUAGAACGCCAUUAUUAUAGCGUCCAAUAGAAAUUGAAUCAUUAUAAAGAAUGUCAUAACACCAAAGAAAUAUUAAAUAGGUAAAUAAGUCCAAGUGUGAGAUAAGCAAUGCCAUCUUUCCUUUCAGUAUUCUUCGAGUAUUCACUAUGUAUUACUAUUAGUUAUUCAUUUAUAACAGUUAAAUUAUAUUCUUUGUUGAGUGGAACCACUAUCAUCCCAGACUCUUUUACCUAAAAUAACAAAAAAAAAAUAUGAAUAUUUUUAUGGUAUAUGACACACUGUUUAGGCAAUUCUUACAUUAUUAUUUCUCUCAUUUUUCUUCUCUCUCAAAAAUAAAGUAGGUUAUAAAGAAUAUAACAUGAAGUGCAUUUAUAAAAAUAGAUAUGUUAAUAUUAAAGAUAUAAGCCACGUACGAAUAGUGUUCAGAAUUUAGCCGAGUUGAUUAUGAAUAGCUUGUAAACUUAGGAUGAAGGAAUUUUGUACUUUUGUGGUGUGUGAAAGGGUUGUGCAAAUUGACAUUUAUUUUGAUACUCUAAUACAAACCUGUUACCAGAUGAGCGUACCAUUCGACUGACCUUAUCGAUUUCACAAUUUAAUAAAAUAAACAUUGCCAACCCUGAAAUGUGUCAAAUCAACGUAUGUAAGAGAUUGAACUAUUAUCACAAACUUGAAAACAAUACCUAGUUCUCAUUAUGUUUGUAAGUGUAAAUAUUUAAAAAGAUUUUUUAGUAAGAGAGCUGAACUUGUAGCUAAACUUCCAGUAUCUUCCCUUUAUGAAAUUCGUAUUUCUACAAAGUAUUACGGAGUGAUCAGUAUGUUACACAAAUAAACAAAAAAACAAAAUAAAAAUACCGCUAGUAAUCAACAUAAUGCCAUGAUGUUAAAGUUAAGAUUUGGGCAGAUUAAUGUUAGAAUGUGUUAAAGUGGUUCUAAUUUUUUUACUACUCAAGACGUGAUUCAGAUGUUCUACUAUUAAUCUGCUUAAUGUAGCCAAAAGUACGUAGUGUACAUUAUUUUUUGUAUGGAAAUUUAUUUACGGUAGCUAAUAAUUCUUCAAUGAGCAAUAAUUUUGUAGCCUUUGCCGGUCUGUGGAGGAAUCUGCGCUUUAUAAGAUAAUGGUCCCAAUUCCUGCAGAUACCUCCUAAUUUUAUUUUAAGUUAUACUCGUCAUUUUAUUAUCCACCGAAAAGGAAAGGGACGGACGGAUGAUUGACAACUGUUAAUUUUAAAAUGAAUGAGUGAAUGAAUGAAUAACCCGGCCGAAUAAUAUGGGCAUCUCGCUGAUAUGCAAAUCGUUUGACGUGUGCUGACAACUUAAGUGUGUCAGGUUAUUGGCCAAUAUAAGGAUUUGGAAACGUUUUUUAAACUUCCGACUUGUGUUCCAUAACUUUUAUGCUUAUCGAUUACUCGUCCGUUUCCUUUUCGACGGAUAAGAAAAUUACAGGUAUAAAUUAAAAUAAAAUUAGAUGGUGUAUACUGGAAUGAGCACCAUUGACAAUUACUUAAGUUACAACACAAGAUAUGAACCUGAAAUAUAUUUUUAAAGACAAUAACAAUGUACGCUGUUUCUAUUUGUGUUUAUUUUUUAUCUUUUUCUAUAAUAAAUGUGAGCUCAAGUGCCUUCUGGCAAGUCCAAACACCCACAAACCGGCUCUCGUGGUAUCAUAUUAUUGUCUUUGCUGUAUUUUAAACUUGACUCAUCAAUCUCAAUAUCAUUUUGUAUUGUGUUGUACGUAAGACGUGGACACCCUUCAAUCCUGGAAUUAAGAAGGUGAUAAUUUCAAUAUAAAUCAUUGACAACAUGA